AUGACUCAGAGGCCAUUCAGGCUUUCCAAGUCGUUGUUGCCACUUCACACAAGCAGAACUUUAAUUUGUAUAUUACUACUGCUGAAUCUUUUAUUGGAACUAUACGAGUCCAUACUGACGACGAUUUCACUAUCGUUAAUUUUAACAAUAAUUGCUGUAUUAUUUUGUUGGAUAUUACACCGCGAAACCGAGAUUAGGGAUGGUUUCAGUACUGCCGCGUCUGGAGGUGGAUUUGCGGUAAUCGGUCUUACGCGAGCAUGGAAGUUUUUAUACUUAUGCAGAUUUGGCCUGUCUAUUCGGUACAUUCGAGUUGCAACAACGGGGAUCACCGCUACUUGUUGCGGAUUGCUAGCUAUUAUUGAUUCUUAUACCCUUUAUCGUAUGAUGCAGAAAAGCAGACAGUACACCGUUAAAAGGCCCGAUAAUGCGCGGAACUCUUAUGUGCACUCUACCUCGCCAUUUCUCAGCAAGAUCACCUUCCACUGGAUGACUGAUCUGUUGCUGCAUGGUUAUCACACACCGCUCGAACUCCACGAUCUUGGACAACUUCCGGACGAAGAUACCACAAGGAAUCAGUUUGAACGUUUUCACGACAUUUACGAAACCGAAAAGUUGCGAUGCCGUGGACGAAAAUUGUCUUUGUGGAAAUGUUUUUGGAAACGAACAUGGUUAACAUUCGCAGCGGGUAGUAUCUUGAAGCUCUUCGGCGACAUUAUGACUUUGGUGGGUCCCAUGACAAUUCCGAAGAUCGUUAAUUAUGCGUCAAAUUUGCAAAACAGCACAAAUGAAAGUUUUUUUUCGAAGGAAAUUUUAACAUUUUCGCAAAUUCUGAAAAAUGGAUAUUUCUUGGGGAUUGUAGUUUUUCUUGUCACCAUUUUGCAAAGCACAUUGAAACAAGCCUCUACUCAUGUGCUCUGUGUCGGAGGAAUACGUUUGCGAAUAGCUCUUCAGGCACUGAUUUAUGAUAAGGCUCUUCGAUUGUCUUCAUGGAGUAUCUCUGAGGAAGAGAAACCAUUUGAUAAAGAUAAAGAGCAGCACUGUCAUCAACAAGCAGCUGAUGUCGGAACUGUAACAAAUCUCAUGGCCGAAGAUGCGUAUAACGUAAUGAGUUUCUUCUGGAUCGUUCAUUACAUCUGGGCCGUUCCAUUAAAAAUUACCGCUAUCAUUUUCCUUCUGUACUUGAAAUUGGGUAUUAGCGCUAUUAUCGCAGUAAUUUGCUGCAUAUUGAUCGUCACACCGAUUCAGUUAUUUCUCGGGAAACAAAUGUCCGAAAAUUCCAAAUCCAUAGCGGAAAAAAGCGACAUGCGCCUUCGUCUACUUAAUGAAAUUCUUCAAGGAAUACGGCUCAUUAAGCUAUGCGCUUGGGAGAAUCUCUUCCAAGAUCACAUAUAUAGAAUCAGGGAUGAAGAAUUGAAGCUACUGAAAAAGGAUUCUAUAUAUUGGGCGCUUAUUAACUUUCUAACGCAUGUCUUCUGCGUUCUGGUAACUCUCUUCACAUUCGGUAUUUAUUUCUGGUUAGAGGAACGAAAUCUUGAUGCGGGAAAUGUUUUUGCCAGUCUCGCGCUCUUUUCGCAGCUAACUGUGCCGCUCUUCAUCUUUCCGGUGAUAGUACCGAUUAUCAUCAAUGCCAUGAUUUCUACAACAAGACUAGAAGAGUUUCUCCAGCUUCCAGAGAUCGUGAAUAUUCUCCCUGAACCAAAUGAUUAUAAAUCAACAACGGAUAUAUUGUCAAAAGCAAAUUCAUACAUUGAUAAUGAUAGAGAAACAAUUAAUAGCGUUGCAACUUUUGGAUCGCUGGACAAUAUUAAAGAGGACGAGGAAGAUCCACGGUCGAGUAUCUUGCGUGAAUUCGGUCUGCCAAUUGACUCCUCAAUCGAUACGGUAUUCGAAAAAGAUCCGGAAGUAUCGGAAUCUGUCCUUAAAAUCACACCGAGUACUUUCGUCUGGGGAUCCGACCAAAAUAUGUUGAUGAUUAACGCUCUCAAUUUUCCGCGAGGACAACUAACGAUAAUAGUGGGGAAAACCGGAAGUGGAAAGACCUCUUUAUUAAUGGCACUCUUAGGAGAGAUUCAGAAAAGAAGCGGAAGCGUCGAAUGGACUAAGGGUUUGAAAAUUGCUUAUGUGGCGCGACAGCCAUGGCUUCAAAAUGCGACCUUGAGAGACAAUAUUCUCUUUGGAUCUACGUAUCGAUCGCGAAGAUAUCGCAAUGUCUUACAUGCGUGCGCUCUUCAACCGGACGUGGACAUACUUCCCGAUCGAGAUCUGACCAGGAUUGGUGAACGAGGUAUUAAUUUGAGCGGCGGACAGAAGCAAAGAGUUACUAUAGCCCGAGCUCUUUACAAUGACGCCGACGUCGUCCUCCUGGACAAUCCACUGUCGGCAUUAGAUCAGCAUGUCGGUCAGCAGAUUUUCGAUUACGGUAUCAAGAAGCUCUUACUGAGAAACGGUCGAACAGUGAUUAUGAUCACUCAUAAAUUGGAGCUGUUAUCAGCUGCGCAUCAGAUAAUUGUUAUGGAUGGCUGUCGAGUUCGUGCGAUCGGAACGAAAUCGAGCAUCGAGGAUAUGGAUUCUGAAUUAGCGGCAGAGUGGCGAAUCGUGAAUACGAGACGCGAAGACGAGAAUCAAUUUCAAAAAACUGCCAAGGACCGAUGGUCCUUAACCAAACUAGUCUAUAAAAUCGGAAUGAAUAAAACGAAAAAGCACGGCGAUGACGGAUGGUGGAUCACCGAUCGCGAUGCCUGUGUGAAUCCGCCAACAUUCGUACCUUUAAGAUUACGCCGAACAACUUUAUCCGGAUCGAAGUAUUGGAGUCACGUUCUCACAGAACUUUUAGUAUCAGAGGAAGAAUGGGACACUGAUAGGAAACGAUCGAGAUCGCAUCAUGACAUCGUCAGAUUGAUGAGUCUUCAAGCCCGAAAACGACCGUCGUCAAUUUUUCGACAGAACAGCACGCCGAUCAUUCUUGAAAAUCGGUACGUGUCACCGAGGAAGAGGAACAACACUUACAACAACGGACAGCCCAGCGGUGUGCUAAAGCAAUUCUUCUCUGCUAGAUAUCCGGAAGAAAUGGCAAUGAGCAAAGACAAAAAUGUCCUGUCUCGACUGAUGUCAGGUUCUAACAAAAUUAUUCUGCACCAGGAUCAACAUCAUCAUCUUCCGAUGAAAAAAUUAUUAUCAGUAGAAUCGCGAACUAUCGAUCAGAUAGAUGAUGUGGAAGAAACAUUGAACAACGAAGACGUAGAUGAACAGAGUGAACUUGAAGUUGACGAUAAAGGUGGAAUGGUCACUAGAAUGAUUUGGAUGGAAUAUCAAAGGGCUGGUGGAUGGAUACCGGGACUCGUUUACGCUAUAGCAGCGCUGGCCUUUCAAAUCCUUCGCGUGUAUACUGACUUCUGGCUGUGUGAAUGGAUGGAGGAAAGCAUUCGUUCGCCAGCGAAUACGAUGUCUUAUUUCAUGGUGUAUAUCAUCAUAUCCGUGGGCUCAAUUUUUUUAUCAGUACUUUACAAUGUGUCGGGUCAAUGGCUAGGUGCUAGAGCUAGACGGAAAUUGCACGAAAAAGCUGUCGCUGGACUUUUCAACGCACCCAUCUCGUUCUUCGAAUGCAAUCUCAUUGGAAAGAUUCUGAGCAGGUUUAGUGCAGACAUGAGUGUCAUCGACAAGAAAAUGGCUACUGCAAUCAAGAGACUGACGUCUUUUGUAUUACUCUGUGGUUCUGUGAUGAUCAUAAAUAUUAUUAUUUCACCGUGGUUCUUGAUCACCGUUGUACCAAUUAGCUGCGCUUAUUAUGCACUGCAAAAAUUCUACAGGCGAAGCGCUAGACAAUUACAAUGUUUAGAUGGCAGUACGAGAGGACCAGUAGUAGCGCAUUUCUCAGAAACUUUAUCCGGCCUUCCGACACUAAGGGCAUUCAAGCAAGAGAGUCGUUUCAUGGAGGAGAUGAUGAAACGUCUCGACAUAAAUACCAACGCAUUUCUCAUUUUAAACACCAGUAGUAGAUGGUUUGGCAUCACAUUGGAUUAUCUGGGCGCUGUUAUCGUGGUAGUAGCCAUUUCUACAGCUUUACUUUCUGCGGAGCUGUACCCAAGUCACGUAACACCCAGAUUAGUAGGCCUGGCAAUAAAUUAUACCCUCUUAGUGCCGGUAUUGAACUGGAUGAUCAAGUUUAGCGCAGAGAUCGAGUUGUACAUGGGAAGUGUAGCUCGAAUUUGCGCUUACAAAAAUAUGCAACCGGAGAAGCUUCAUGAAAACGGUUUACGGGUGGCCAAUGACUGGCCUAAUAGAGGAGAGAUCGUUUUUGAGAAUGUCUUUCUACGCUAUGAUUCGGACAGAAAUCCGGUGAUCAGAGAUUUGUCUUUGAGAAUAUCAGCUGGGCAAAAGUUAGGCAUUUGUGGAAGGACCGGUAGCGGAAAAUCAUCAACCGUAAUGGCCCUCUUCCAACUGAUCGAAAUCAGUCAAGGACGCAUCCUGUUGGAUGGAAUUAAUAUCCGGCAAGUGCCUCUUCGAAUAUUACGAUCUCGGUUAUCGAUCAUACCACAAGAUGCAAUAAUGUUUAGUGGCACGAUCAGAGAAAAUUUAGAUCCAUUUUCGGAACACGAGGAUCAAGAAAUCUGGCGAGCCUUGGAGCUUUCGCAAAUCAAGGAUGUGAUAGCUUCGCAUCCCGAGGGACUGAGUCUCGAGGUACGAGAAGGCGGCGAGAACUUUUCAACAGGUCAGCUACAACUGCUUUGCAUGGCACGUGCAAUCCUUCAACGAUCGAGUAUCGUCGUCCUCGAUGAAGCGACUAGCGCACUUGAUAUAGCCACUGAGAAAUCACUUCUAAAAGCGGCUGCUGUCGCUUUCGAGGACAGAACCGUAAUCACCAUUGCGCAUCGAGCAGCGGCUUUGUUAUAUUGCGAUCGCAUCGUUGUUUUCGACGAGGGCAAAAUCAUCGAAGAGGGCUCACCGACAGAUUUAAUGCAAAGACAGAACGGAGUCUUUUCCGCAAUGAUCAAAGCGGUCGAGCAAAGCAGCGAACAACGAUGAGAGGAACCGUGAAAGAAUGUCAAUUAACUUCACUAAUAUACA